AUGAGCGGUUAUCACUCUUUACGAAUAACCGCAAAUGUGUGGAAGCUUGCUUCCUCCCGAAUGGAGUGUGCUCCGCAGUUGCCGUGUCUAUUAUGCGCUCAAGAGGAACAUAUUCACUUUUUCUUGAUUCAUUCGGUUUUUUCUCUUGGCGAUAUUAAGUCUUCGUUUUGCUGGUGGAAGAACUUUUUUUCAAAUUGGUGCGAUGAAAUUGGAUCAUCAAAUACUGGCGCUGUCGUUUGGGAAGUAAACAAGAUAUAUACUUCUAAUGGCCGAAGGGGCAAUGAUCUUAAUAUGACUGCAUUUUGA